AUGAUUAGCAGGUGUCGUCUCUUGCCUUACAAGGGCAAAUGGCAGCAUAUGUUCAGUGAAAGACUUGCGAUGGAGGAGUUAAAGAACAAGGUGAACGAGAAAUGCAGCUCUAAUGAUGAUCUUAUUGGGGUUCUCACCGGCACUUUCAGCAGUUAUGGGCUGAAGCCAGGCUUCCCGGCCUACUCCUUCAUCAUCAAGGAUCUGAUUCAAAGGUCUCUGUUCUUGAAACUUCCGCCGGUUCUCAACCAUCUUGAAGAAGCCGAGAGUUUUGAAACUUCGGAAAGACUAUUCAUCAGCAUCAUAAGGAGUUAUGGUGCAGCAAACAUGCUUCAAGAAGCUGUAGAUGUGUUAUUCAGAAUCCCAAAGUUCCGCUGUAGCCCUUCUGUGAGAUCCCUCAACUCCUUGCUUUCUGUUCUUUGCAAGAGGGAAGAAGGCCUCGGGUUAGUCCCAGAUGUCUUGUUAAGGACACCCCAGAUGAAUCUUCGUCUGGAGGACUCGAGCUUUCGGAUUCUCAUGAGAGCCCUCUGCAAGAAUGGGAAAGCGGCUGCGGCAGUUGAGCUCUUGGAGGCAAUGAAGCUCCAAGGAUGGGCUCCUGAUCCGAGAAUGUACUCUCUGAUACUCUCCUCGCUUUAUAAGCAUGCGGGUCCCCCCAGGGUCAUCUCCUUCUUUGAAGAUAUGAAGGCCGCAGGUAUCUCACCGAACACAAUGGACUAUACCUGUGUAAUGAACGUUCUUGUGAAGGAAGGGAGGGCUGAUGACGCCUGGGCGAUUCUCAGACAAAUGCGAUCUGACGGCUCAAGGCCCUCCGUGGCGAACUACACUGCCGUCCUUGGUGGGCUCAUCUCAGCUGGAGAUUUUCAGAAGACGGAAGCGGUGUUCGACGAAAUGCUAGUGAGCGGGCUCCGCCCCGAUUCUUCUGCCUACAACACCUACAUAAACGGGCUCUGCAAGCAGGGUGCCGUAGAAAAGGCCUGCAAGAUGCUCGUCUGCAUGGAGAAAACGGGAUACCGGCCAGAUUCAGCCACCUACAGCAUCAUAAUCGGCGGAUUUCUCGAGGCUGGUGAGCCUGAGAGGGCGAGACAGACCUUGAAGGAGAUGCAGGAGAAGGGUUUCGCGCAAAUUCAGAGCUUUUCAGGAUCCUGGUAA